AUGGCCACCCAUCUCGCCGCCCUCGCCGUCGCCAAAGGCGAACCCUUUGAACUCCAAACUCGUCCCACACCCAAACCAGGCCCAGGCGAAAUCCUCAUAGAGGUCAAGUCUGUAGCCUUAAACCCGGCAGACCACAUCAUGCGUGCCUCGGGCCUCUUCAUACCCGAAUACCCCACUGUCAUCGGCUUUGACAUGUCGGGGUUGGUCCUCGAGGUUGGCGAUAACGUCCCUGUUAGCCCCAACGAGGACCUCUUCUUUCAACCCGGAGUCACUCGCGUUGCUGCCUACGCUGCCUCUUUCUGGAGGUCUUACAACCCUGACUAUGGCUUCUUUCAGGAGAAGUGCAUCGUCCCCUGGCAGCACGCCAUGCCUCUCCCAGAUGACAUCUCUUGGAAUCAGGCCGCAACCUUGCCCGUAUCCACCGAGGUGGCUCUCAGCGCGUGGAAUGCAAUGGGGAUUCCAAGAGUUGGGGAAGCAACGCAAAAAGAGAACAAGGACAAGAGAGAAGCCCUCCUUGUCUGGGGUGCUUCCUCGAGCGUGGGAACUAUGGGCGUCCAAUCUGCUCGGCUGCUGCGGGACGACCCUGAGUCUUCCUUCGCCGCUGUGUACGCCACGGCCAGCGCGACUAAUCAUGAGUACGUUCGCUCUCUAGGUGCGGAUCGUGUCUUUGAUUACAAAGAACCGCAGGUUGUGGAUGCGAUUGUUUCGGCAGCUAGGGAGGACGGCCUGAUGAUUCGACACUGCUAUCUUGCCAUGGGUCAGCUUGCGGCAUGCCAAGACGUGCUCAAGGCCUUCGUUGAGAACAGUAGCGGAAACCAGAAGGCCAAGAUUGGUUCUGCACCGCUUAUUCCUUCCGACGCGGAGACAGUAGAUGGGAUGGAAGCCAUCUUUGUGAUGCCGGCGGAUAAUGAAAAGGAGAGAUUGACUCAGCUUCGAUAUUGGCUGGGGACCUGGCUGAGGGAGAACUUGGCCAAGGGGAACGUCAGACCGAGUCCGGAGCCCAAGGUCGUGGGAAAAGGCUUGGGGGCUAUCAAUGAUGGGCUGGAUGAGCUGAUGCGGGGCGUGAGCUGUACUAAAUUGGUUGUCGAGGUUGCGGAGUGA